AUGGAGAUGGAGUCUCAAAACUUGGGGCACAUACAUCCAUUGGUGUUCAAUGAAGAGCAGAGCAAUGAAACCAAAAAAGCUAAAUGCUCAAGGUGUGGAGAGAAAUGCGCCGAGGCACCUUCAAAGAUUAACCAUCCUUAUCAUCACCAUCACCCUCUUGUUCUUUUACCAGAAUCACCAUAUGGUGGAAGCUGUUACUGUGAUUUCUCCUAUAAAAGAUGUGACUUCUUUGUUUAUCACUGUUCUUGUGGAUUAGACUUCCAUAUCAAAUGUGCUUUAUUUACCCUCAACAUUUCUGAACAAAAGCUUCAAGAGCUUAACCACAUAGCCACGAAAGAUCCAUCCGUCUUCCUAGAAGACGGUAACGAAGAGCUUGAAAAUGCUGUGUGUUUUGGGUGUUGGUUACCAUUAGGAGAGUCUAGAUACUUUUCCGUUGCUUGUGGGUUCAACCUGCACAUUAAAUGUGCUGAACUACCUCAUGAAAUCAACCAUCCAUUUCACAAAGAACAUCCUCUUGUUCUGCAGUUCAACAUUAAACGUUUCUCUUGCAAAAUAUGUGGAGAAACUCGGCAUAGGGGAUUUCUUUAUUGUUGUUCAGCUUGCACGUUUGCCCUUCACAUUAAAUGUGCCGAGCAACCUACUUUGGUAGACAUCCUCUUGUUCCAUAACUGAACAGUGGAAAUCUACUUUGCAAGGCAUGUCAAGAAACCCAACAUGAAAAGUUUGUCUAUUGUUGUUCAACUUGCAACUUCUCUCUUCAUACUGAGUGUGCAUUCCUACCACCUAUUGUGAAAGAUAAAAUUCACCAACACCCAUUCACUUUG